CGGCAGUCACGUGGUCCGGCCCGCUGGGACCGAGGAGACUGGCGGGCCAUGGCAGGCUCCAGGCUCUGGCUUUCGCUGCUGCUGGCGGCAGCGUUCGCUGAGCCCGCCACGGCCCUGUGGCCUUGGCCCCAAUACAUCCAGACCUCCGACUGGUACUACACCAUCUCCCCGCACAGCUUCCAAUUCAAGUACCACGUCAGAUCCGCCGCGCAGUCGGGCUGCUCCGUCCUCGACGAGGCUUUCCAGCGCUACCGUGACCUGCUCUUCGGUUCCGAGUCUUGGCAACGUGCUGCCCUCACAGGAGAACAGCAAACAUUGGAGAAGCAGUCACUGGUUAUCCUUGUAGUCACUCCUGGAUGUGAGCAGCUUCCUUCUUUGGAGUCAGUGGAGAAUUACACCCUGACCAUAAACAAUGAGCAGUGUUUCCUUCUGUCUGAGACCGUCUGGGGAGCUCUUCGAGGUUUGGAGACUUUUAGCCAGCUUGUUUGGAGAUCUCCUGAGGGCACGUUCUUUAUCAACAAGACGGAGAUUGAGGACUUCCCUCGCUUCCCUCACCGGGGCUUGUUGUUGGACACAUCUCGGCACUAUCUCCCACUGCCUACCAUCCUGGACACUCUGGAUGCCAUGGCAUACAAUAAGUUCAAUGUGUUCCACUGGCAUCUGGUCGACGACCCUUCCUUCCCAUACGAGAGCUUCGCUUUUCCAGAGCUCACCAGAAAGGGGUCCUUCAACCCUGCCACACACAUCUACACAGCACAGGAUGUGAAGGAGGUGAUUGAAUAUGCACGGCUUCGGGGGAUCCGUGUAUUGGCAGAAUUUGACACUCCUGGCCACACUCUGUCCUGGGGACAAGGUGUCUCUGGAUUAUUGACUCCUUGCUACUCUGGGUCUCAGCCCUCUGGUACCUUUGGACCAGUGAAUCCCAUUCUCAACAGUACCUAUGAGUUCAUGAACACAUUUUUCUUGGAGGUCAGCUCUGUAUUCCCGGAUUUUUAUCUUCACCUUGGAGGAGAUGAGGUUGAUUUCGCCUGCUGGAAGUCCAACCCAGAUGUCCAGGCCUUUAUGAAGAAGAAAGGCUUUGGUAAUGACUUCAAGCAGCUGGAGUCCUUCUACAUCCAGACGCUGCUUGACAUCGUCUCUGCCUAUGGCAAGGGCUACGUGGUGUGGCAGGAGGUGUUUGAUAAUAAAGUAAAGGUUCGGCCAGACACAAUCAUCCAGGUAUGGCGAGAAGAAGUACCAGUAAGCUAUAUGAAGGAGCUGGCACUGAUCACCGAAGCCGGCUUCCGCGCUCUGCUUUCUGCCCCCUGGUACCUGAACCGCAUAAGUUAUGGCCCUGACUGGGAGGACUUCUACAGGGUGGAUCCCCUGUCAUUUGAAGGUAGUCCCGAGCAGAAGGCUCUGGUGAUUGGUGGAGAGGCCUGUAUGUGGGGAGAGUAUGUGGACAGCACAAACCUGGUCCCCAGGCUCUGGCCCAGAGCAGGGGCUGUUGCUGAGAGGCUGUGGAGCAACAAGGUGGUGACUGACCCGGACUUUGCCUUUAAACGUUUGGCACACUUCCGCUGUGAGCUGCUGAGACGAGGUGUCCAGGCCCAGCCCCUCAGUGUAGGCUACUGUGAACAGGAGUUUGAACACAUCUGAGCGAGCAACUCAGGCACCGAGGAGGGUGCUGGCCCUAGAAGAGUGAUGGUGGGGCCAGGCUCCCACUGUUUCCCGGCUGGGGGGUCGGAGCCCCUUGCCCACAUGCCACUGCCUGGAGAGAACAGCGCUGGUGCUGUGCUGGCGUUCAAUAAAGAGUGAUGGUGACAUUUUUCAACCAUGAA